CGGUACUGGAAGACAUAUUCAGAUGGGGUCAAAUCUUGAUAAAACAGCUGGCCCACAACCCAUUUGUCCAUUAUGUCAUCACGAGUGUCGAAAUCGGAUUACACUAGGAUGCAACCAUAGUUUUUGUCAGGGAUGCAUUGGCGAAUUGUGGAGCGGGUCGUCAACCGGUCCUUAUUAUUGCCCCGAAUGCAAUUAUGAACACAGGAAGCUACCAGACUUAGGUGGAACAGAUGGAGCGUCAACAUCUGCAGGCAUAAACUGGACUCUUGGGAAGAGGCUCUCUGAACGCUAUUCCCCCAAAAAAGUGCUUGGGAAAAGGAAUUUUAGUUCAACUGCCCUCACUCACAACAGUGGAGGAUACAGACUCGGCACAGCUUUGCCCAAAGACACCACAGUCACUGUUGAUGACUCCUUUGAUGAUGACACACCUCCAAAAAAGAAAAUGACUGUUGAAAUCCCUUCAUCAGGAGGCCACAGAAUGUCCCCUGUAGAAGCGACAUCCUCAAUGCAAGCCACAACACUGGCAAAUAGAACACCAUCCAAAAUGAAUGCGACUUCAACCACUGAACCAUCUCUGGACAAUCACACUAAAGAUGAACAACUUAAAAAGACAUCCAGUAGCAGAAUAAAUAUGCCACAACCAGAGCCAGCAGCACCAGCCUGGACCGAUACCAAAGAGUUCUCCCCGAAAGAUGCAUACUCCUCCAACAGUCCUGACCACCAGAGCAGAACAGUCCCACAUGCCAAUGACAAGCCUCCAGAAUUUGGUGAGACUUCUGAUGCUUCCAUGGAGUCGACGUCUGCUUGCAACUCUGUCCUCUGCCACUAUUGCUCCAGCUCCAAGCAGAGGUCUGCAGUGAAGAGCUGCCUUGUGUGCUGCGCCUCAAUGUGUUCGGAGCACCUUCAGAUCCACUUGAACUCACCUGUGUUCCAGAGCCAUCCACUUGUGCCUGCAGUGGAGAACAUGUCUGCUUGGAGGUGCCAGGAACACCAGGAGAUGAACCGCAUCUACUGCCGCCCUUGUGGGGUGUGUGUUUGCACCGUGUGCACACUUAUAGGCUCACACAAGGAACAUGCCUGCAUCAGCAUCAAAGAGGCUGAGCAAGAACUCAGGACCACCUUGAAAAGUGAAUUGAAAAAGAUCCAGAUAAAGGAAACUGCAGUCCUGAACAGGGUCACUCAGCUCAAAGAGAAACAGCAGAGUGUACAGGAGGUAUUGGAGGGCAAGAGGGCUGCGGUUCUGCAGCAGUACCAGGCCAUGCGGAAGGCCUUCGAGAUGGAGGAGCAGCAGGCGAUAAGCUGUGUCACCCAGGAGGCAAGCAGAGUUCUGGGGAGCAUUGCAGAGCGGCUCCACUUGCUAAAGCAGGCCCUCACAACCAUUCAGAGCACUUUCACCUCAUUGCAGAGUCUAGGAGAUACAUCACAAGCUCAAGACCAGAUCUUCAUCAUGGAGUACAGAAAGAUAGCUGAAUGUUUGAAUGAGCUGUCAGACCCUAUAGAGAACAUGGAGUCUGUCGAAGAAGUCAAUCACAGCAGAUUGGAUAGCCUGCAAGACUGGACAGAGAGAAGACUCAACACUGUAAUAAUAUCCAUGCCUCACAGAGACCCAUUCAGACUACUCUAUGGCUUAAGUCCAACUCUGGAUCUUGACACGGCUCAUCCGAAGCUGCUCCUUACUGAAGACAAAAGAAGGGUGGAGUACAGUGAGGCCCAGCAGGCCUACCCUGAGCAUGGGGCUCGCUUCUCUGUCUUCCCCCAAGUAUUGGCUUCCAAGGCCCUGUGCCAGGGUCGCUAUUACUGGGAGGUGGAGGUCUCUCUGGAUGAGGGCCGUUGGAAGGUGGGUGUCUGUGACGGGCAGAUUGCCAGGAAGGGGCAGAAGGACAGUUGCCGGAUUGGCUUCUACCCAAACUCCUGGUGCCUAGUGUACGAUAAAGGCAAAGUGGAAGUCCUUCAUGACAAGGUGACCUCGCCAGUGUGUGCCACUGGGCUCCAGAAGGUUGGGGUGCUCCUGGAUUUUGAGGAGGGCUGCCUGACAUUCUACAGUGUGUCUGUAGAAGGCACUCUUAACUUGCUGUAUAGUUUUAAGCAUGCGUUUUCUAAGCCACUCUACCCUGCUCUGGCUGUCUCUAAAACCCAGCUCUCUAUCUGUGAUCUGUUUGCUAGACACACCACAGACUAAAGUUUCAUUUGGCAAAAAUUGUGAAAUUUUAUAGUAGAAUAAUCAUCGGAACAACUUUGUUUUGAAAAAUGCUGGGGAAAACACGUGGAUCACCCUCGAUUCAGCUGCUCCUCAAAUUCGCAUUCCUUUUAAGAAAUCAGGUCCUUUGCCAUACAUGUUCACUGAAAAGAAAUUAGCGCUGGAACCAAAAGGAAGAGGUUCAGUAAAGGUUUUAUUGGCACAUUUAUCAAGCCUAUUCACAAUGAACAAUACAAGUAUCAGCACUAUGGUUUAAAAUAUCUUUGUAGUACAAUAGUUUUCUAUUUACUUUGAUUAAAAAUGUUUCCUUACACAAAAUGUCAGUUAUUAUCUUGGCAUCUUGUGACAAAAAAUAUCAGCACGAACAUAUUUUGUCAUUAAGAACAUAAUACAUUGUGGUUUAUUGACUAAAACAUUCAUAUUAUUUUGCAAAUUAUUAUUUAGUAAAGUAAUCACAAAGGAAACACUAAUAUUUACAGAAUACACUUUCAAAUGUUUUGGGGGACAAAAAUAGCUGUUUCAAAAAUUGGUGGGGAUGUCCCACUAGCUACAUCCCCAGCAAAUUAUGCUUAUGAGUGUAAUGUAUCUUUACAUAGUUUCCAGUGAGUAUUCUGUAAACAUUUAUAAUUGUAAAUACAUUGCAUCUUUAUAUGAAAAUCAUCAAACCAUUUUUAUAUUUUGUCUAAUUUUCAUAUUCAAAUUAAAUUUAGUAAACGUGAAACUCGGGUAGGUGAGGUCUAACAGUAUAAGAACCAGUCAUUCCACUUAUUAUAUGUAUUUCAUUUAUAUUUUUAAACAUUUUGUUAGUACAUGUUUAUAUUUUGCCCUCUGAUUCAGGCUGGAAGCUAAUUUGACACAAAUAUUAGGUUAAUAAAUUUGUAUGUGAUUCAGGUUACAAUAUGGGCCGGCCAUACCGAAUGCUAUGCUGUUUUAUAGUGUGUAAUAAAUAUUGAUUCUAAUUUGUGGGGUAAAAAUGGAUUAAGGCACAAUUUUGCUACACUAUCACAACAUAUAUUUUGUAAAGUUUUUUUUUUCUCAAAAAAUAGUCCUUUGUAGUACUAUAAAAUAAAUAUUCAGUUAGCUGUGCUUUGUGUCUAUUUGCUUUAUAAAGAAGAAUAACUCUGCUGUUCACUGUUUAGUGGACAUAAUUUGAAGAGCUUUUUUUGUAUUAAUUGUACUGGUGUUUUCCUGCAGAGAGCAGUAUUGACAUUGGUUAUGUCUACAUCUAUAGAUGUAGCAAAUCAGAAUCCUAUAUGAACAGAGCAGCAAAAUAGGUGAUUAAGCUAACAAAACCCCUUCUAUGCAGAAAACUGCAAUAAAGCACUCGAUAGCUGUUCUCUUGAAACCA